GGCUGCGGUUGGAGUGGGCACCCAGCUUUCGGGGGACCUAAGCUUUCGGGGGACCUAAGGAGAAACUGAGGGCCCAGCUAUGACCAAGAUGGACCCGUGCCUCACCCAGCAGCUCCGCUCCAGCUCGCUCCAGCUCGGCGCCAGCUCGGCUCCGCAGGUGCAUCCCCAGCAGGUGGCCAGGACCAGGAUCUCCACUGCAAUCCCGGAGGGCCCAUAAAAAGAGGGUCACAAAGCCAUGCACAACUUUGCCAGGUCUGGACCCAAUGUGUCCUGGUGGGCACUGGCCAACGCAUCUGGCUGUACAGGCUGCGGCACCAACGUCUCAGAUGGCCUGGCUCCUGCGUUGUGGCCUGUAGAUGCCUGGCUGGUGCCGCUCUUCUUUGGUGUGCUGAUGCUGCUCGGCCUGACAGGGAACUUGCUUGUCAUUUUCGUCAUCUGUCGCCACAAGCAGAUGCACACAGUGACCAAUUUCUACAUAGCCAACCUGGCAGCCACGGACGUGACCUUCCUGCUGUGCUGUGUGCCAUUCACUGCCCUGCUCUACCCUCUGCCUGCCUGGGUGCUGGGUGAAUUCAUGUGCAAGUUUGUCAACUACAUUCAGCAGGUCUCGGUGCAGGCCACGUGCGCCACCCUGACUGCCAUGAGCGUGGACCGCUGGUAUGUGACGGUGUUCCCUCUUCAUGCCCUGCACCGCCGCACGCCCCGCCUGGCGCUCUGUGUCAGCCUGUGCAUCUGGGUGGGCUCCGCAGCCAUGUCGGCUCCGGUGCUCGCCCUGCACCGCCUCUCGCUGGGACCACCCACCUACUGCAGCGAGGCCUUUCCCAGCCGCGCUCUCGAGCGUGCCUUUGCACUCUACAACCUGCUGGCACUCUACCUACUGCCGCUAGUCGCCACCUGUGCCUGCUACGGGGCCAUGCUUCGCCACCUGGGCCGGGCCGCCGUGCUCCAGGCGCCUGCUGACAGCGCCCUGCAGGGGCAGCUGCUGGCGGAACGAGCGAACGCUGUGCGGGCCAGGGUGUCACGGCUGGUGGCGGCGGUGGUGCUGCUCUUCGCUACCUGCUGGGGCCCCAUCCAGCUGUUCCUGGUGCUGCAGGCGCUGGGUCCGGCUGGCUCCUGGCACCCGCGCAGCUACGCAGCUUACGCGCUCAAGAUCUGGGCGCACUGCAUGUCUUACAGCAACUCAGCCUUGAACCCGCUGCUCUACGCGUUCCUGGGCUCGCAUUUCCGGCAGGCCCUGCGCCGCGUCUGCUCCUGCGCUCCCCCGUCCCCCACCGCGUCCCCCGUGGCCCCGACCUCCGGCCACCCCGCCCACCCCGCCUGCAAAACACUGAAGCCCGGAGCAGCCAGCCGGGGCCUUGCAGGCUGUGCGUCCUGAGGGAACGUGCUGCCCCUCUCUGAACUGACUCGGGCGGGAUGGAUGAAGGUGGGCCGCUCGGGAACAGGUGUUGCUUGGACAGCAGCUGCUAUUAUUCUGUUAUAAUAUCUUUUGUCCAAGAAUUAAUAUUCUUGUCCAAGAUAAUCUGAGUGAAAAUGUUUUGUUCUCCUGUAAUGUCUGGUACAAAUUGACUGUGAUGUUUGCUGCUCUUGCUAUUGUGAUGAUUGUUCCUACAUUUCCUGAAACUGAAGAUGCUUCAAUGCUGGCACCGUGGGAAACUUUCCAGGGAGCGUCAAUAGACUCAGCAGACAUUUUUACACACUGCCUCGCGGUUGCCUGUAGGAUUGUAAGAUUCAUCCCAUUGUGUAGCCUCCCUCACCCAUCAAGUCUCAGGCCAGCUCCCUCCAGGCUGGGUCAGGCACUCCAUCUGGCUUCCCAUCACAGUGCUAACA